GUUGCUUCCACUCCACUCGCAGCAUAUACGGCAAUGGACAUCCUCAAGGCAGAGCUGGCCAACAAGCGCAAGGCAGCAUCGCCGGAUGCUCCGUCAUCGUCGUCAUCGGGCCCCGCUAGCAAAUAUGUCAGGAGGGGAGACAUUGAGAAGCAGCGCGAGGAGGAGGCGCGAAGGGAGCAAGAACAGAGGAGAAAGGAGAAGGAAGCACUUACCAGAUUGAAGGAGGAGGAGAGGCAGAGAAAGUCCAAAUCAGUUACUCCGGACCGGGGCGAAGGAUCCUCAUCGGACGGACUCCGCUCAGCCCACCAAGCAAUCGCAGAUGCUCAACGCGAGACUUUCAAUAUCUCCCCCUUCGAAGCAUCCAGGCGGCUACGAGCCAAGGGCGAGCCCAUUCGCUUGUUCGGCGAGACAGACAAGGAGACCCGUCUGCGCCUCAGAGCGCUAGAGCUCAUCGAGGAGCGUGGCGAGAAGUUUGGUCAGAACGAUUUCAUGAGGGCACUUGCGGGAGCGGAGAGUGGCUUGACAUUGGAGCAGAUGGAGAAGGAGAAGAUGGCUAACAGUGGGAAGCAGAAAGCUGCUGAUGGAAAGGAGCAAGGGGCAAGGGAGGGAAGCAAGGCAGAGGGUGCGGCUGAAGAGGAUGAGAAGAAGGCGUCAAGACGGACGGGGCCUGGCAUCGGCAUGGACUCGCUCCUCGACUUGGACCUCAUUCGUAAGGAUAUGGCAAAGGUGUAUCCGAUCAUCUACUAUACGCUCAAAGGCUUGCUGGAGGAUUGGGAAAAGAGCUUGGCAGAUCGAUCGAUCGAAGUCAAGAUGUCCACAACGGGCAAGACAGCCUCGGCAAUCCAGGUCCAAUCCUCCGAGUACCUCAAGCCCCUCUUCAAAUCUCUACGCAAACGCGAGCUCCCACCCGACGUCCUAAUGCGCAUCGCCGAAAUAGUUCACUACGUUCAAAAGCGCGAAUAUCGUCAUGCAAACGACUCGUACCUGCAACUGUCCAUCGGCAAUGCACCCUGGCCUAUCGGAGUCACCAUGGUGGGGAUUCACGAGAGGAGUGGAAGAGAGAAGAUUUUCGCCAGUAAUGUGGCGCAUGUGCUUAAUGACGAGGUGUCGAGGAAGUAUAUCCAGAGUCUCAAGAGAUUGAUGACUUUUGCUCAGACGAGGUACCCUCCAAGCGACGUCAGUAUGCUCAUGGGCUGACUGGGACUGCAGUCUCACGCCAGUGUCCUUCUGUCCCAUCAAUGUAUAUCACGAAUGUCAUCCACAUCCUGCGCAUAAUCACG